AUUUGCUAUAGAAGGAAACCGAAGAGUGGACAUACCGUUUUCUAUGAAUUUGGUCUGCACACGAAGUACUGUCUAGUAGCUACAUUUGUUAAUAUGGCUUGUUUUCUGUAUUUAUUGUAAAAGGUUGCGCGCAAGAAAAGGAAUUUCAUCAACGAUUUUUUGCGUUGUUUGUUAAAAUUGUGACGGUAUGCAGACAGGAUUUGUAAUUUGAGCACUGUAUUCGACAGUACUUUUCCGAAGGGAUAUACAUGUUUUACCUUGGCACCCAAGGAAUGAUUUGAAUCCAAUCAAAAUGGCAUCGAUUUAAAGAUUAUCUUCAUUUUGGGAGCUGCCGCUGAGCAGAACCACUCAGGCACUGAUACACUGAASUGGUCAGGUUUUUCCCAAUCAGAAUCCUGUUUGGGAGAUGGAGGUGAUUCGUCACUCUUCUGUGUUUGCAGCCGGGGUGAUGGAGGCCUUUGAUCAUUCCCCGUCCGACAAAGAACUAGUGUCCAAGUCCAAGGCACUGUGUAGGGACUACAUACACUCUAGGCUCAACCUCUAUGGGCUAGGCUCGUCCAAAACUCAGGUGGACUCAACGCUUUGUGAUGUGGCUGCUGUGCUUCUCUGUCUCGGUGAUGAGCUGGAGUGCAUGCGGCCCAGUGUCUACCGGAACGUGGCGAGACAGCUCAACAUCUCAGUAGCCAUGGAGACCAUGGUUUCUGAUGCCUUCGUUGCUGUGGCAACAGAGAUAUUCGCAGCAGCUCACAUUCCGUCACUAGUACACACCGUUUCUGCUAUGGAUCAUGUCACUAAAGAGCGAAAAGGUAUCACAUGGGGGAAGGUGGUAUCUAUGUACGCCGUGGCUGGGGCUCUGGCGGUGGACUGCGUGCGACAGAACCAGCCAGCUACGGUCCAAACCAUAGUGGACAGCCUGGGCCAGUUUGUCCGCAAUAACCUGGCCCCUUGGCUGAAGAAACGCGGAGGAUGGACGGACAUUAAGAGGUGUGUGGUGAAGUUAGAUGCCGUUCCUCAGACCCAUUGGCUGUCUCCCGUUGCCCARUCCUGCAAGCACUUUCUAUCAACACUGUACAUCUACAUUAUGAAGGAGCCAUGAGAAGAAUUGGGAGAAGAAUUCCGGGUUGAAAGAACACGCACUUGAAGUCCUGAUGGAACACAUUUUCUGGAAGAUUGAUGACUGUCUAAACAGUGACUUUCCUUCUUGCCAAGUCACAGUAUCACAUUUGUACAAUCAAUGAAUGCUCUUCUUCCAAAGAGUAUUUCAUUUGGGUAGUUCCACCAAUUAGGUGCCCUUUUUAGUGCGAAGAGCAGAUGAUCUACUUCAGAAAAUUCCACCCAAAGUCUUGGUAUUUGUUUCAUUAGUCCAUUGUUGRGGCMYAAAAUGUUUUGCAUGUCAACGAUAAAGUUUGAUGUAUAACUUUCCAAAUACAGAAAUGUAGCCCGUAUGAUGCAUCAGACUAGAAGUCAAAAUGCUGAAUUUGUCAUUUUGUUUAAUUUUCCAUGUGGUCUAUAUUAAAAAGGGCACUUCAUUUAAUAUAACAGGCUUUUAAAAUAAUUUGUGCACAAUUUCUACUUAAAAUAUMAAAGGGACGCAAAGGAACUUAUUUUGUGGAACGACCAAUACACAUCAGCAAAAGUUGAUCUGAAGUCAACUUUUUAGUUGUACAGAACCAUGUAUCUUUCAGUGUCGUAAUGCAUUUUGCACUACUGUGUCGGCGUGAGUACUUUGGUAGGUGCUCAUACCUCUGGAUCUCACUUCAGUCUGAUGCCUACAGCAUAUCAUCUCUGGGACUUUACACUGAAGAAAUGGACAAAGCAUCCAAUUGUUUUUUUGCUGCACCACUGUAGAGGACAUGAAUUGUAUGAUGAGCUAUUACUGUUGUGGGAUGCACGUCUAGCCAGGCUYUGCACACUUUACAGUGCUGUAUUUGCUAGGAAUGAAACGGGUAGGGGUCAACCUUGCAUUUGUCCAAUAAGAAACUUGUUUGUUGCAAUGUUUUUGCUACGGUGUGCCCUAAUGAAUACUCUCCCGUUGAUUUAUGGGGGAUAUUUUAGAAUGUUGGAUCUUUUAAAAUCUUAAUGUAUUUUAUUCAGAUACUGUAGUGAUUGAAUCUUAAAGUAUCUUUCCUGUGGUCCAGUUGACUUAUUGUGCUGUAUAUACUUUCAUAUGCAAAAUAAACUUUUAA